AACCGCCUUCAUCCUGGCCUGUUUCUAGGACCUCCAGCUAUGUGGUGCCUUCUGCUGCUGAGCAUGGGACUCGCGGGACUCCAGGCAGAGUACAAUAGUGAAAGACUACGGGUGCAAAUCACUGUACCAAAGAAAAUUAAGUCGAUAACAACUGACGGAGUUGAAUCACAAAUCUCCUACAACAUUGCAAUUGAUGGGAAAAUGUAUACUGUGACUCUAAUACAAAAAAACUUUUUACCUCACAACUUUAAAGUUUAUAGUUAUAAUGGCUCAAGAAGUAUGAAACCUCAUGAACAGCAACUUCAGGAUUUUUGCUACUACCGAGGGUAUAUUGAAGGUUAUCCAAAUUCUAUGGUCAUCAUUAGCACGUGCACUGGACUCAGGGGCUUACUGCAGUUUGAAAAUGUUACUUAUGGAAUUGAACCAUUGGAACCUUCAAUUGGUUUUGAACAUGUAAUUUAUAAAGUAAAGCAUAAGAAUGCUGGUAUUUCACUAUAUUCUGAAGAAGAUGUUGAGUCGAGAGAUUUUUCUUAUAAAAUACAAAGUAUACAGACAUUUAGACCACUCUCUCAAUAUAUAGAAAUGCAUAUUGUAGUUGAAAAAAAGUUGUAUGAACAGAUGGGCUCUGAUGUAGCUAUUGUGACACAAAAAGUUUUCCAGCUGAUUGGAUUAACCAAUGCUAUUUUUACUUCAUUCAAUAUUACAGUAAUUCUGUCUUCAUUGGAACUUUGGACUGAUGAAAAUAAAAUUCCAGUAACUGGAGAUGCUAAUGAGUUACUACACAGAUUUUUAAGAUGGAAAAAAUCCUAUCUUGUUUUACGACCCCAUGAUGUGGCUUUUUUGCUUGUUUACAGAGAAAAACCGGAAUAUGUUGGUGCAAUCUUUCAAGGAAAGAUGUGUGAUGAACAGUAUAGCGGAGGUAUUGCUCUGCACCCCAAGACCAUAAGUCUGGAAUCACUUGCUGUUAUUAUGGCUCAGUUACUGAGUCUUAGUAUGGGAAUCGCUUAUGAUGAUGUUGAUAAAUGCCAGUGCUCCGGAACUGUUUGCAUAAUGAACCCAGAUGCAAUACAUUCUACUGGUGUGAAAAACUUCAGUAACUGCAGCAUGGAAGACUUUGUACACUUUAUUUCCAAGGCAAAGUCCCAGUGUCUUCAAAAUCAGCCACGCUUAGAUCCCUCAUACAAAGCUGCAGAAUGUGGUGAUAGAGAACUGCAAGAUGGUGAACAGUGUGAUUGUGGCCGGGAUGAAAUUGAAUGUGCUGAGAUGAUAGACUGUUGUGAGCCUACCACAUGCAAGCUUAAGGCAAAUCAACAGUGUAGUUCCGAAGAGUGCUGUGAUCAUUGUAAAUAUGCAACUUUAGGAAAAGAAUGUCGGCAUGUCAAGGACAAUGUAUGCGAUGUCCCUGAAUAUUGCAAUGGAACCUCUAAACUUUGUCAACCUGACCAUCAUGUGAUGGAUGGACACCAAUGUGGGUCUGGAUGGAUCUGCCUGAAGGGAACUUGUGUAAAUGGGCAAGACCAAUGUUCAAGUCUAAUUGGUCCCGAUGCAGAAUUUGGCUCUCCAGAAUGUUUUAAUUUUAUUAAUUCUAUGACUGAUGAAUUUGGGAACUGUGGUACUGACAGCUCCGGACCCAAGAAGUGUUCACCUGAGAACGUACAAUGUGGAAAACUUACCUGUAUAUAUACUAAAAGCAGAAUACUUGAACUUAGUAAUGCAUCAGUUCUUUACACCAACAUUGAUGGAAAAAUCUGUGUUUCAGUGCAUUAUGCAGAUGCAGAAGACAGUACAUUUGUAAAAGAAGGAACUAGUUGUGGCAAUCAGAAGGUUUGCAAGAAUUAUGAAUGUGUGGAAUCCUCAUACUUGAAUUAUAACUGUCCUAAAAGCAAGUGCAACAAUCAAGGUGUGUGCAAUGAGUUAGGGAACUGUCACUGUGACCCAGAAUAUUUGCCACCAGACUGUAAAACAAGUGCCAGUGAUUGGCCUGGUGGGAGUAUUGACAGUGGCAAUCACUCACCUAAUCAGAUCACACCAACUAGUAAAAGCUUCAUUGAAAAUAUUUACCAUUCCAAACCUACCAGAUGGCCAUUUUUCUUACUCAUUCCAUUUUUUAUUAUUCUAUGUUUACUGAUUGCUAAUUUGGCGAGAGUAUAUUACCAAAGGAAAAAAAGGAAAACUGAGGAAUAUUCAAGCGAUGAGCAACUUGAAAGUGAAAGUGAGUCCAAACAUUAGCCUGAAAAAAUGGAGACUACCUCAAUCACAUCCAACCAUAAUGGUUACUGACUUAAGCAUUUGCAUAUUAAAAUGCUGAUUACUGGAAAUGUGCAUAAUAGGACCCUCUUCAUGAUAAUGGUACAAUGAAGGUGUAUUUAAAAUUAGCCAUCCUUUCUUUGACUUGAUUGGCUUUGCUCUUGAUUUUCCCGUGUUAAUUUUUUUUUUUUAGGUAACAUUUAAUGGGCAGGAAAAUGAAAUAGAAGAACAACACACGCAUUGCCUUAAUGCCUGGAAUUAAAAAUUCAUUUUUAUAUA